CCCCGAUAACAAAAACAACGGGAACAUAACUUGCAGCAGCAAGCAGCAGUUCAUCAAAAUUAAAUUGACAUCAAAGUGUCUUCUUCUGAUCUCCUUUCGCGAGUUUUCUUCACUUGAGUAUAGAAAAUGGAGCUAGUCUACGACGAAGCCGCUCCUGAGAGCAAGCAAGUUCACCUCUUGCCCUGUAAAAUUCACUACGACGGAGCCUCUAAUUUUUCAAAAUACGUCAACAUCGAAAAGAACGAGGAGAAUGAAAUGCAACAGACGUCAAUCCAUGGGAGGGCUUUGAAUGGAAAGCACGUAAAGCUUCCUGAAAAAUUCCAAGGACUGUUUGUCACCAAAAGCCAGUCAGCCUCUGAAAAAGCGUUUGUGACAAGCACUUUUGAGUCGUUCACCGCUUGGAAUUACGACAAACUGCCAAGCAAAAACGACGUCGCACAGAAGGUUUGGGAUUGGAUCAGCGUGUCAGAAGUGCUCCAUGCAGACGACGACAGCGACAAAGACUUAGAGUAGUGCAGCAGUUUUCACAUGUACAUACAUUUAACCGACUCAGGAGUUCUAUUUCGGAAAGAUAGAUGUGCACAAUCAUCUGGAUGAUGUGAGUGUGUGACUGUGGUGUUCUUUCAAGUGCUCAACUUAAGGUUAGUUCAACUGCAAGCAUCUCAAUCUACCUAUUUUUAUGAAAAUAUUAAAAUGUACAAAUCUAAGUUACUGGCGAUGUUUUAAA